GUCAGUGCAUUGUCCUCCAAACACCAUUGGUGAGAGGUGUGACCGCUGUGCUCCAAACCACUGGGGCCAUGACAUCAUGAACGGGUGCAAGGACUGUGGUUGCAGCGUGGUCGGCUCGAUGACCCAGCAGUGUAACAUCAACACCGGCUGCUGCUCCUGCCGCGACUCGUUCAGAGGAGAGAAAUGCAACGAAUGUCAAAUCGGAUACAGAGACUUUCCUCAGUGCACCCAGUGUGAGUGUAACGCCGCAGGAUCGGACAGCCAGACCUGCGACCUGGAGAGAGGAGCGUGUGCCUGCGCUGACAGGACGGGAAAGUGUAGCUGCAAGGCAAACGUGGAAGGCGACAACUGUGACCGCUGUAAGCCCGACACGUUUGGGUUGUCAGUACGAAACCCGCUCGGCUGCAGCAAGUGUUACUGCUACGGACUGACACCCUACUGCACCGAGGCUAAAGGACUCAUCAGGAUGUGGUUAACGCUGAAGCCAGAGCAGACGGUGCUCCCCCUGGUGGACAAGUCCAACACUGUGGAGACGAGGAGAGGAGUGAGCUUUCAGCACCCUGAGAUCCUCGCUCAUACUGAACUGGUCACCUCGACUCUCACUGAGCCGUACUACUGGAGGCUGCCCGAGCAGUUCAAAGGAUCCAUGAUCACAGCAUACGGUGGUCAGUUGAAGUACGCAGUCUACUACGAGGCCAGAGAAGAAACGGGUCCCUCCUCCUAUGAGCCUCAGGUCAUCAUCAAGGGCGGGCCUAACCGCAACAUCGUGAUGACCCGCCACAAACCGGGACUCCAGAUUGGUCAGCUCACCCGCCAUGAGAUCGACAUGACAGAGCAUGAGUGGAAGUACGCAGAUGGCCGGUCCAUGACUCGAGAGGACUUCAUGGAUGUUUUGUUCUAUGUGGACUACAUCCUAAUUAAGGCAUCACACGGCAACCUGAUGAGACAAAGCCGAAUUUCAGAGAUCAGCCUUACAGUGGCGGAGGAAGGCACACCAACCACAAAGAGUAAAACUGCUCAACAGAUAGAAAAGUGUGACUGUCCAAUCGGGUACUCCGGACUCUCCUGUGAGGAGUGUGCUGCAGGUUUUUACCGUCUUCGAGCUGGCUCCCUGACAUCUGUUCCAGCGUCCAGUGUGCCCACCGCUGUCGGCAUGGGCAGCUGUGUUCAGUGCCAAUGCAGUGGGCACUCUUCCACCUGUGACCCUGAGACAUCCAUAUGCCAGAACUGUCAAGACAACACAGAGGGGGAGCGGUGUGAACGCUGCGCUCCGGGAUUCUACGGUGUGGUGCGUGGUUUCCAUGACGACUGCAAACCUUGCGCCUGCCCUCUCACCAACCCAGAGAACAAUUUCAGCCCGACUUGUGUAACGGAGGGAUACGAUGACUACCGCUGCACCGCCUGUCCCGAGGGAUAUGAGGGCAAACACUGUGAGAGGUGUGCUACUGGUUACCACGGUAAUCCGCUGAUGCCAGGCGGCCGCUGCGAGGAGUGUAAGUGUUCCCCGUGGGGAGCGUUGCCUGGACCGUGCAACCCUGUCACAGGGCAAUGCCGCUGCAGGGUCGGGGCCUCGGGGAGGUCGUGUGACCAGUGCAUGGACAGGCAUGUGUGUGGAGCUGCUGGGAUCAUCUCCUGUGAUGACGAGUGUUCAGGACUGUUGAUCAGUGAUAUGGACCGCCUCUAUCGCAUCAUCACUGAAGUCACCCUCACCUCGCCCCUCCCACCUCCUUAUAAGGUGUUGUACCGCUUCGAGAACAUGACCGAGGAACUCAAGCACAUGCUGUCACCACAGAAAGCUCCGGAGAGAUUACUGCAGCUGGCUGACUCCAACCUGGGAUCACUGGUUGUCGAGAUGGACCAACUACACAGCAGGGCCACUAAGGUGUCGGCUGACGGCGAGCAGGUGGAGGAUGAUGCUGACAGGAUUCAUAAACGGGCGGACGACCUGGAGCAGUUCAUCAGGGACACACUGCUGGGAGCUAAAGACCUCCAGCUGAAGGCUGCCGAGCUGAACCAGACUCUCUCACGCAGAGAUGGAACUCCAGACAAAAGCCUGAAGGAGAUGAAGGAGGAGAUCCAGGCCAUGCUCGCCGAGAUGAGAAAACGACAGCUGGGAGGAAAGAAGAGCAUCGCCGAGGAGGAGAUGGAAUUAGCAGAGGAGUUGUAUCAGAAAGUGAAGAGAUUAUUUGGAGACCCCCAUCAGUCCACAGAAGACCUGAAAGCAGAGAUAAAAGAGAAGCUGUCAGACCACGAGGGGAAGCUCCAGGAGGCCCAGGAUCUCCUCCACACUGCCAAGGGAAAGACCAGACAGGCUGGCUCACUGGGCGAGCAAAACCAGGCUAACAUCACGACCCUCGAGAGGAAGCGCUCUGCCGUGAGCUCAGUCAAACAGGAUGCACAGGAUGUUCUUGCAGAAGGAGAACGACUGCUGGAUGAAGCAAACCAGCUUUCUGACAACAUCAACAAGGAGAUAGAGGACCUGGAGGGGAUGGGAAAGGAGCUGGGUCCUCUUCACGAACAGCUGGAUGAUAAAGUCAGUCACCUCAUCGACGGUUUAAGUGACGGCAGCCUGGCCAAUCAUGUCCACGAUGCAGAGGAACACGCCCGGCAGCUCAAUGAAUCUGCUGCCAUUUUGGAUGGCAUUUUGGCAGAAGCUAAAAAUCUCUCCUUCAAUGCAACAGCUGCCUUCAAGGCCUACAGCAAUAUUAAAGCCAAUGUGGACGCAGCGGAGAAAGAGGCGAAGGCUGCCAAACAGAGGGCAAGUGAGGCUCUGGCACUGGCUUUAGGUCCAGAGGUGCCAAUAAAGGAGGCGGCUAAGGGUGCCCUGCAGAAGAGUCACAAACUGCUAAACGAAGCGAAAAAACUUGAAAAUGAUGUCAAAGAGAACGCAGAUAGUGUGGCCGGGCUGAAGGGCAGAGUUAAAGCAGCGAGAGACAAAACCAAAGACCUGCUGAAAGCCGUCAAUGGAACCAUGGCAACGCUCAACGCUAUUCCCAGUGACACAGCAGCUAAGCUAGCAGCCACAAAAGCUGUAGCAGGAGAAGCCAAUGCCACGGCCAUAGACGUCCUGGAGCGUCUUGGGGAUCUGAACCUGCAGCUCCACGGUCUGCAGAGGAACUACAGCGAGCUGGAGGACACCGUCAACGCAGCCAAUACCAUGAUCCAGGACCCCGAGAAAAACACCAUCAUCCAUGCAGCAGGAGCUAAAGUGAAAGAUUUAGAGGACGAAGCUGACAGGCUGCUGGAGAAGCUGCAGCCAAUCAAAAAGCUGCAGGACAACCUGAAGAGAAACAUCUCACAAAUAAAAGAACUGAUCAACCAAGCCAGGAAACAAGCCAACUCAAUCAAAGUUUCAGUGUCAUCAGGUGGUGACUGUCUCCGUAGUUACCGCCCCGACAUCAGGAAAGGCAGAUACAACACCAUCAUCCUUCAUGUAAAAACCACCACACCGGAUAACCUGCUCUUCUACCUCGGAUCAGCCAAAUAUGUUGAUUUCCUGGCACUGGAGAUGCGUAAGGGGAAGGUGAAUUUCCUUUGGGAUGUGGGCUCGGGUGUUGGGAGGGUCGAAUAUCCCCAUCACACCAUCCAUGAUGGAAGCUGGCACAGAAUAGAGGCGUCUCGUAAUGGGUUGAAUGGCACCAUAUCAGUGUAUCCUCUGGAAGGACCCAUGGCGGGUAUGAUGCCAACUCCAGCCAGUGCUAACUCGCCCACAGCCUUCACCAUCCUGGACGUGGACCAGAACGCCUACCUGUUUGUGGGAGGGAUACUUGGCACUGUCAAGAAAGCGGAUGCAGUAAGAGCAAACACGUUCACAGGCUGCAUGGGGGAGACCUUCUUGGAUGGGAAACCUAUCGGACUGUGGAACUACAGAGAGAGACAGGGAGACUGUAAAGGAUGUGUGGUCAGCCCGCAGCGUACAGACCACGAGGGAACAGUUCAGCUGGAUGGCGAAGGCUACGCUGCAGUGGGACGACCCACAAGAUGGAACCCCAACAUUUCCACGGUGACCUUUAAGUUCCGCACGUUCUCCUCCGAGGCCCUGCUCAUGUAUUUGGCGACUGAAGAUAUGAAGGACUUUAUGUCCCUGGAGCUGUCAGAGGGUAAGGUAAAGGUCAACUUUGAUCUGGGGUCAGGAGUCGGCAGCGCCAUAUCAGUUAAUCGCCACAAUGAUGGACACUGGAAAUCGCUCACCAUGUCCCGGAACAAGAAACAAGCCACGGUGAGCGUAGUGGACAUUGACAGCAGUGCUGAGGAGAAGAUCAUCACCACGUCUCAGGGUUCAGCUACCGGUCUGAACCUCCGAGAAAAUCAGAAGAUUUACUUUGGAGGGCUGCCUACUAUUGGAAACUACAGCAUGACAGCCAGGCCGGAGGUCACUCUGAAGCGAUACGCUGGCUGUCUGCGAGACAUUGAAAUCUCCAGGACUCCGUAUAAUCUCCUCAGCAGUUCAGAUUAUACCGGGGUCACUAAAGGAUGUAAUGUAGAGAACCUUCACACAGUGAGUUUCUCAAAGCCUGGCUUCAUGGAGCUGGGUGGAUUGUCGCUGGCCGUCGGCACAGAGAUCAGCCUGUCAUUCAGCACUCUCACCGACACUGGAACUAUACUGCUGGCAGUGGGCGGGGCUUCAGCAAUCAGCCAGCAGCAGGCCCGAAACACAAACGUCCUGAGCUCCAAGCGUAAACGCAGACAAUCUGGAGAGCCGUACCUCUCCGUCAUGCUGAACAAAGGCUCUCUGGAGGUCCUCGUGUUUACGGGCAGCCACAGCCCGCGUCGGAUCAUCAGACGACCUGAGCAAGGCAUACUGCAUGAUGGGAGAGAGCACUCACUGCGCAUAGAGAGGAUGCCUGGCAGAUCUUUUGCAGUUCAGGUGGACGAGGAGGCCAAGAGGGAGGCAGCGCUUCCAAACGACCAGCCCGUCAGCCUGCAGAGGAUCUUCCUCGGUGGUAUUCCUGCAGAAGUGGAGCUGACGUCCAACAGAGCCAACAUCCCGUUCCAGGGAUGUAUAUGGAACCUCAUGGUCAAUGCAGUUCUCUCAGAUUUCUCCCAGCCUGUUUCCUUCGAGAAUGCUGAAAUCGGCCAGUGCCCCAACCUCGCCCCACCACAGCCUCCUCUCCCACUGCCGGAUGAAGAGGAGGAGCCCGAGAAGGAAAAGGAGGAGUCCAAGCCUCUCAGGCCUCCACCAACCCAAGCCCCUGGUGCACCGCCUACCGUUCCUCCUGCUGAGGCCACGCCCCCUGCUGCCCCUGUUGCUCAACCUACUGCUGCUGCCCCACCUACUACUCAGGAGCCUGGCAUUGACGUGGAUUUGUGUGCGUCAGCCGUGGCCCCGACAGCGCUGGAGAAGGCCUAUCAGUUCGGACUGACCAAGAACAGCCACAUGAGCUUCGCUUUCGACGACACCAAAGUCAGAGAGAGGCUCAUAUUGGAGUUUGAACUGAGGACAAAGGAGGACUCUGGUCUUGUUCUCUACAUGGCGAGAAUCAACCAUGCUGACUUUGUGGCCAUACAGAUUAAGAACGGACAGGUCUGCCUGGGUUACGAUCUGGGGCAUGGAAACACAUCCGCCUGCGUCCCCUUCUCCAUUAACGAUGGAAACUGGCACAAGAUCCGCGUGACUCGUACCAAGCAGAGAGCUACCCUACUUGUUGAUGGGAAAUACGCUAAACAUAUGAUGAGCCCAAAGAAGGCCGACCUGUUGGACGUGGUGGGGAUGGUCUAUGUCGGUGGAUUACCACAAAACUACACCACCAAGAGGAUAGGACCGAUCCUCUACAGUAUCAACGGGUGUAUACGUAACUUUAAGAUGGUGGGAGGUCCUGUGAGCACUAAAGCCCCUGCUACAGGUCGCCCUGAGACGACUGAAGACUUUAAAAUGAACAUGGCCAGUCCCUUCUCCAGCCACAUGGUAGGAAGAUGCUUCGUCGCCACUGAGACAGGAACCUUUUUUGACGGCACUGGCUACCUGAAAGCAGUCUCUUCUUACAGAAUCGGUCUAGACGUGUCCAUAGCGUUAGAGUUCAGAACCAGCAGAACCAGUGGAGUCCUUCUGGCCGUCAGCAACCAAGCCCACGACGGACUGGGACUGGAGAUUGUCCAGGGCAAGCUUCUCUUCCAUGUCGACAACGGAGACGGUCGAUUCACGGCCGAGCACAUGCCUGAAGGGGAGGGCUUCUGCGACGGCCAGUGGCACUCGGUCACGGCUAAGAAGCUUCGCCACAGGGCGGAGCUGGUGGUCGACGGGGCGACGAGCCAAGCAGAGAGUCCAAACGCACGCUCCAACACGUGUGACACCAACGACCCCAUCUAUGUCGGAGGAUAUCCUGAUGGAGUUCGUCAGGCAGCGCUCUCUACCAGCACUUCCUUCAAAGGUUGUAUGAAGAACCUGAAGAUCACUAAAGGCUCCAAGACUUUGGAUGUUCAGUUCAACAAGGCUCUAGAGAUUAAAGGAGUGCAGCCUCUGUCCUGUCCGGCUGUAGCUGCCUAACUCGUACCAAAGAGCUUCCACUAUGCUGUUGCCAUAAUGUAGUUCUCCUCCAAUUAGCUACAUAGGAACACAUCUGAUCUUUGAAGCUGCACUGGGAGUGUGUUUUAAUAACAAUAACCAGUUUCUUUGUGCUGGAUUCACAGAUUAAAACCAGUUUACCAAAUAGCAUGCUCCUCCUACCUGUGAUAAAAUGAAAAUAUCCAAGCAGAGAUAAAAGAAUGGAAGCUUCUGUGUCCUGCUCCUGUUUGGGGUUGUUUUAAAUAAAGAGUAUCCCGGUGCAGCUUUGGAAUCAACACUCUCAAAAAACAUGUUGGCACUUACUUCACCGUUAUAAUUUAAGACCCUGAUUUCAUGAACAAUGUACGUCUCUGGUCAAUAAAUGUAUACGGCAACAAAUCGAGGCCUCACAGUGUUUCAAACUAUUUCAUUCUGAAGUUGUAUCGAGUUUACACGAGUGAGGAUUUGAGUAUUAAGAUGUGCUUUGGUCACAGGUGUUAACAGUAUUAAUGCUAAUAAGAUUUAAAGAUAUAUUUAAUGAACAUAACAUCUGUUUUGUUUUCACUAGAACAGGUUAGUCCUUUAAUGAAAUAACUAUAUCUAUAGUUAUUGUUUUAUCACUCAACUGAUGAAGCUAGACUUCAUUUAAACCCCCUGAACAAAAACCAUGAAGUUGUGUUUUUAUACAAGCAGAGAACAAUGUUACACUCCUCCUACAAAGCUGAAAACAGUAAAUCUACGUCUGUUUCUAGUUAAGGAAUUAAGGAAGUUUCGUUGUGUCUUUGUAUACAAUGAUAAUUAUAAAGAUAUAAAGAUUGUAAUUUUGAUAUGCUUGCUGAACUGAUAAUAUUAAGAAAAUAUGAUAGUGGCAGAAAUGUUCAGAUAGUUUUGGGUUGAGCACCUGACGACGGGGUUUCUGCAGAAUGCCGGUGUUUAGUGCAUGGUGUGUCUUACAAAACAUAAGCCGCUGUUUCUGAAAUAUAUUCCUGAUAGCAUCACA